AGGCCCCGCAGGAGGUUGCGGAGGCGCAUGUGGCGUGGGAAGCGGCGGAGUUGACGCGCUACGACAGCUCCGACCCCGGCGCCACGGCGGCGGCGCGAGUGGUCGUAGAGCGCUUGCUGCUAGACCACUGCGGCAUGCCGCUGAAGCACCGGCACCGGCUUUGGCCGUUGCUGCUGGGCUGUCGCCCACUGCCGCUUCCAUCGCUGGAGCCGCCCGCCAAGGUGAUCGAGCAGAUCGACGCAGAUGUGCCUCGAACCAGGCACAGUCUGGUGGCUGGCCGCACCGCGGACUUGCGAUGCGUCCUCCGCUCCUUGAGCGUCCACCGCCCGGAGAUCGGCUACGCGCAGGGUAUGAAUCAGCUGGCCGCGGUGUUUCUGAAGCUCGGCUUUGACAACGAUAUGACCUUCUCCAUGAUGGACGCUCUCAUGCAGGACUUGGUUCCUGGAUGCCAUGAUCCUGACCUGCACGGCCUCUUCCGAGACACCGGCGUGGCCGACAUCCUGAUCCAGACCUUCUUGCCGCGGCACGCUCUUGCCUUUGAGUCCGCAGGCAUUGAGGUCCUUUGGUUUACAGUGGACUACUUUCUGACGCUUGGCUCCGCCGGUGCCUCGCAUCUCGGCAAAGCGGGA